UUUCCCAGUCUGUCACAUCCACAUCAGUCACUUGAAGUUACUAACCGAAGUACAACUAGUCUUCAAACUCCAUUCAACAUGUUCAAACUAACAGCCUUCGCUCUCCUGCUGGUCGCCGUUGCUAUCCACGCCGCCCCUCAGCUGCCGGAGGUUCCUGAGAUGCCAGCAAUGCCCGAGAUGCCAGGGAUGCCAGAAAUGCCAGAAGCACCAGCUGCCCCAGAAGCACCAGCUGCCCCAGAAACCCCAGCCGCAGAAGCUCCGGAAACCCCAGAAGCCCCAGCCGCUCCGGAAGCACCAGCCGCACCAGAAGUUCCUGCCAUGCCCAGCAUUCCGAACCGAAUCUCCAACCGCAUCUCAAACCGUGUCAAUAACCGUUCUUAAGCGGAGGAAGGAUUUUUAAUUACGACCAAUUCAUGUGUUCUCUAUAAGUAUGUAAAUAAAUGGAAGAGUUCGUUUCAAAA